UUAAUCUUCCAUUUCCCUCUUGGAGCACAUAGCCUUUUUAACGCCUUGAUACUCUAUUCCAAAGACCAAGUGACUCCGUGAAUGUAGCUAUUGAUUUUUUUUUUAUCGCAACUAUAUUUAAGCAUAAUCAGCAAUUAGCCUAGAUAACUUUUCGUUUGGGUAUUGAAAGACGUUUUUUGUAGCUGAAGACCGGUUUUAAAGAACAGGCCAAGAAAACUAUUUGCACCCCCCAAAGAAAUUAUUAUAAUUUUUCAAAUUGUGUAUACUAUUUAAUUUUUUUCACUUUUAUACUUUUGAAGUAUAUAUUUUUUAUUCUUGAUAUAAAGUUUAGCUUAUAUUUAGAUUAUUUCCAUUUUAUUGUAUAACAAUGGCAGGUUUAAAUUCUUUGGAUGCUGUAAAAAGAAAAAUCCAAACUUUGCAACAACAAGCCGACGAUGCAGAAGACCGUGCCCAGGUUUUACAAAGAGAUUUGGACAGUGAACGGGAACUUCGCGAGAAAGCUGAAGGCGAGGUGGCGGCUCUGAACCGCAGGAUCCAGCUGGUGGAGGAGGAGCUGGACCGCGCCCAGGAGAGGCUGACCACCGCGCUGCAGAAGCUGGAAGAGGCAGAGAAAGCCGCCGACGAGAGCGAGAGAGGUAUGAAGGUGAUCGAGAAUCGGGCAAUGAAGGAUGAGGAGAAGAUGGAGAUUCAGGAAAUGCAGCUGAAGGAGGCCAAGCACAUCGCAGAGGAAGCCGACCGCAAAUACGAGGAGGUGGCUCGUAAACUGGUGAUCCUGGAAGGAGAGCUGGAGAGGACUGAAGAGAGAGCGGAAGUCUCAGAACUAAAGUGCAUGGAUCUGGAAGAAGAACUGAAAAAUGUCACCAACAACCUCAAGUCUCUAGAAGCUCAGUCUGAGAAGUACUCAGAAAAGGAAGACAAAUAUGAGGAAGAGAUCAAGGUUCUCAGUGACAAGCUGAAAGAGGCUGAGACCCGUGCUGAGUUUGCCGAGAGGACGGUGGCCAAACUGGAAAAAUCCAUUGACGACUUGGAAGAGAAAUUGUCUAGUGCCAAAGAAGAGAACUUGGGAAUGCAUCAAGUUCUGGACCAGACUCUGCAGGAACUGAACAGCUUAUAAUACAAUAAAAGAGAAAAAAAAAUGAAGACGGAGAUGGAGGAAAAAUUCCUAAAACAUUCCAUGGAUACUCAAUGCCAUUCCACCUUCGCAGCAGCAGUACUCUGCAGUGGGAAUACGCUUCAUAAUUAUUUCACUAAUCUGUCAGCACCUCUAAGUCGUUCUUUGUUUUAUUAAAUCUUUGUAGGUGAUAUGCCCUCCCGCUUUAUCCGUAAUGAUCAUGUUUACAGCCACGGUUCCUCUGAAGGUCCUUGUGUCGAGAGACCCGCGCAUAUCCCACCCAGCGUAACUCUCAGUGCUUACAGGAGGGGUGAGGCACGGCUCGUGGAAGUCAGGACAAACCCGUUUAUAACGAAAUCCCCGGCUGUAUGACAGCAGUCUCAGUAGGGGGUUUAGAAAUUAGGCUAAUUUAGGGGGAAAUUAUGGAGCAUUAUUGGUAGUUUACUAAGGAAAAUAUUGAAGUUACAAAUGAAAUAUUCCCUUCUGCCUGAACGGGGCUAAACGGUCUGAUAUUUCCCUACACGUUUAUUUCAUGGCAGUGACACUUCUUUGCUGACUUUGCAUCCCAUCUGAUUUCCAAGAAAAGUCUGCAUCCCAACAUCUGUCUGCUAAAUGACAUUCCUGUUGGUCUAUAUGAGAUGGAAAGGAAACGACACCAAAGCAAAUAUACGCACUGGAAUCCUGAUCUUCAAACAUAUAAAUGCGAAUUGUAUAUAUUUGAUUUGAUGGUAGUUAUUGACUAUUGAUGGUCCCUUAUCCCUGAGGGGUCUAGCCACCACUCAUUGGAGGGGGGGGGGGGGCUAUCAAUACCAAAGAUGAGUCUCUGCUUCAUAUAACCAGGAAACUUUCACAAGAUGAAAAGAAAACCAUCUUGUCACUGUCUUCUUUUUCUUUAUAUAGAAGUGAGGAAGGCUUGACACUCUUGCUCUAUGGCACAAGUGUGUUGCAUUUUUCUCACUUAAUCUGUGUUUAUUUCAUUUUCUCAGCCUUUAGUCUAAUAAAUUUCUUUGAAACCUU